AUGGAACAAGAUGAUGGACCUGUCAAACAAAUGGUGCUUAUGGUGGCCGACAUUGUACGUACUGGUAGUAGUCGUGACAAGUAUCGAUUGCAAUUGACUGAUGGAUGGUACCAAAUCUCGGCUUAUGUGGAUAGUAGAAUGAAUCAUAUGAUUGAACAAGGAAAAAUCUAUAUUGGUUUAAAAAUAUCAAUUACUGGAGCUCAGCUGACCGGAGAUCGCACGGCAAGAACGCCAUUAGAAGCACUUUCUACAGAAGAAGACAAUAUGAAUGAAAACGAUCUACAUGACAUUACCACAACGGCAAUCUCGAUCUCUUCCAAUAGUUGUUUACCUUGUUCUUGGGACACAAGGCUAGGAUAUCCUUACCGAAGACGGCGCCGACAGGUGAUUCGAAGACUGGAUUCUAUUUAUGAUGAUGGCGGAUUGAUUACAAUGAUGGAUGUGGUUGUUUGUCGAAAGUAUCCUAUGAUGUAUUCUGAAACAUUAGUGAAUGGAUUGGUCAUCACACGCAAUUCGAAAGAUGAAGAGGAUUAUCGCAGGACAUUGGAACAACAACAGCAACGACAACGGACAUCGCCUUCCUUGUCUUCUUCUCCUUAUUCGGAUACAUGUCAAGAUCGACGACAGGUGUCAGGUUACUUCAAAUUACGACUGUGUGAUAUCGAUUAUAACAAUAACAGCAGCAAUAAUAUUAUAGCGACAUUAUUGGUAUCAAAGGCAACGGAGGUGAUGCAUAUGGACUUGAUGGAAGGACAAUGUUAUCGACUUUAUUUUGUUCAACCUUAUCAACCGAAAAUGCGAUCAUUUGAAGGCCCUUACUUGAUCACUACUCGACUCACCAAAUGGGAACAUUUAUCACCCAAAAUCUCUUUAUCUGUCGGCAACAAACAUAAUAUAAUUGAAUAUCCUUUGCGUUCCAUUUGUCCUUGUGCACAUGUCAAAGAUCUUACCAAGACCGAUGUGGAUAUGGUGGUUUAUGUUUUACGUAAGUCAGAGAGGGAUAUAUUAUUAUUAUUUUUUUUUUUUAAAAAAAAAAAGAGGUCUUGGUAUUCAAGUACAAUUUAUUAUAGAUACACAACCUCUGAUCAGUCAACAACUUCCUGA